AUGCCUGCCUCGCUCGACUCAUCGCGGCCCAUCAUGGCCCCCUCGCUCGACUCAACUCCUCGCGCCUCUGUUCGUUACAGCACCUUCAGCAUGGCUGCUCCUUCUAUCUCUGGCACCAUCCAGACCACAGACUCGGCUCACGCCGAGAUCCACCACAUCGAGCAUGGCCUCCUUCGCAUGGAGAACAAGGCGCUAUCCCAACAGCGGGUGGUGCUCUCAGAAGACAAAGCCGCCAACCUGAACAAGCUCGCUCUCGGUGCCAAGCUCGAGCGCGCUCUCGACCGCCGCAUGUCCAGUCAAGAUGCCGUCAUGCGGCCACGCAAGGAGCGUAAGCCUCAAUACGACGUCGAAAACGAGAAGGUCGAGGUUGAGAGCCACUGA